CCCGGCACCCUCGGGAGCGGCCGGCAGGGCCAGAGAAGGGAUCCUUCCCCUGUGCUCGGCACUGGUGGGACCGCACCUCGGAUCCUGCGUUCAGCUCUGGGCCUCUCGCUACAAGAAGGAUGUUGAGGCUCUGGAGUGUGUCCAGAGAAGAGCGACGAAGCUGGUGACGGGGGUGGAGAACAAGUGUUAUGAGGAGCAGCUGAGGGAACUGGGGCUGUUUAGUCUUGAGAAGAGGAGGCUGAGGGGAGACCUUAUUGCUCUCUACAACUACCUGAAAGGCGGUUGUGGAGAGGAGGGAGCUGGCCUCUUCUCCCAAGUGACAGGGGACAGGACAAGGGGGAAUGGCCUCAGGCUGCGCCAGGGGAAGUUCAGACUGGAUAUCAGGAAAAAAUUUUUCACAGAAAGGGUCAUUGGGCACUGGCAGAGGCUGCCCAGGGAGGUGGUGGAGUCACCAUCGCUGGAGGUAUUUAAAAGACAGGUAGACGAGGUGCUCGGGGACAUGGUUUAGUGGCACAUAGGAAUGGUUGGACUUGAUGAUCCAAGAGGUUUUUUCCAGUCUGGUACUUCUAUGAUUCUAUGACCCUCAGGCACCUGAUAGCCACCUCUGAUCGCCUCACUUGGCUGUCCCAUUCCCUGAGGCCAAACCACGCUCUGACUUUGCCCGGUGUCCUGCUGUGCAUGUCACCAAGCCGCCAGCUCGGAUCCCAAGCGGGUCCCUGGGGUGGCUACAGGCUCACACCUUGCUUGGCAGUCGCUGCUGGGGCAAGUAGGGGCUCUCCUCUUUCCAGCCCCGCUCAUCACCACUGCCCUCCUGCUGCUCAGGUGCCGUCGAGCGGCAGGGACGCUGCCCUUCGAGGGGGCGCAGCAGCCCUGGCUCGUGCCCCAGCAGGGCUGAUGCAGAAGGAAGGCGCCUGGGAGCGGAGAUGAGAGGCUGCCAGGGAGUGCGACACUGAGCUUUGAAGGCACCCUGACAGGCUGUCGGGGCCCCGCCAGCGGUGCUGACAGCCUAGUGCAGAGACACCCCCCCCCUCAGCCACCACGCUCUGAUCACAGCCUCGCCGUCACUUCAAAGCGCCCGCCAGGCUCAAGUGGGCUCCCACGCAGCCUCCCACCCCCAGAGCUGUACUCCUUCUGCACCAUGGCCCCAUUUCUGCCCCACAGCACCCAGAUCUGUUGGGGUUCCCAGCUCCAGGGAACAGGAUGCCAGGAUACGGCAUUAGGAACCAAGGUACGUGUGUUGUCCCCAGCAGUGCUGGCAGGAGGUGGUGGUCCUCCAGGCCUGGCGCUGUCCUGCCUCUGUGAGGCAGGGCCCCCAGCCCCUCGGGACCCAAGAGCUCCAUGCAGGGACUUAAAGGGGCCUGCAGUGCCAGGGCAGGAAGCAACAGGGACGAGCUGGGCCAUGGCUUCCAUAGGCACAGGGCUCACACAGCAUGACUGGGACAGGGCAUCACUGUCCAGACACAGCUGCCCACCAUGCUGAGACACUGGGUGCUUCCAGUUCACCUUGCCUGGGGUAAAACAAUGUAUCUCCCCAUCCCAGCCCAGCUCAGGGAGGAAUUUUCCAUUCCUGAAUGGAGAUUGGGGGAAGGCGUGUAUUUGCAGCAGCCCCCUUCUCUCCCUCCCCUCGCCCGUCACUGGAGCAGCUUGAGAAGGCGCCUGCCACAGUUCUCUCCAGGAAGGUGCAGAGCAAAAAACUCCUGGGAGGGAGAGCUCCCUGGAGGGAACCAGGGAUCGUGGACAACCUUGACAGAAGCCUGUACCCUGCUUCCCAGAGGGGCCACCCUGCUUGCAGCCAUGCCACUGCCCCUUGCCUGCUGCCAGGAUGAGGAAGACGUGGCAGUAGCUCAGGAUGGUGGCCCUGCCCAGCUCGCCUUUGGCAUCCUGCGAGCCACCAGGAUUCCUGGGCUUCACUACAUGUGCACCCGGCCGCAGUCCCGUUUGCGCCGCCUGCUCUGGAGCCUGGCCUUUCUGGCUUCUGCUGGACUGCUGGCCACCGGUGCCACCGACCGCCUGCAACACCUGCUCUCGCACCCUGUGCACACACGAGCGCGCCUCGCCUGGGCCCCCCAGCUCCGCUUCCCAGCCGUCACCCUCUGCAACCCCAACCGGGCACGCUUCCUGCACCUCACCAAGCCCGACCUCUACUCAGUGGGGCAAUGGCUGGGGCUGGCCUGGGAGAAUCGCUCGCUGGUGCCCGAGAUGUUGGCCGUGCUGGGGGAGGACCGGCGCGUAUGGCUGAUGCGUCUUGCCAACUACUCACGCUUUUUGCCACCCCGUCGGUCCGAGCGCACCAUGCAGAGCUUCUUCCACCGCCUAGGCCAUCAGAUCGAGGACAUGCUGGUGGAGUGCCGCUUUCAGGGAGAGCGCUGUGGCCCACAGCACUUUAUCCCUGUGAGUCCAUGCUUGGUGGGAGCAGGGUGGCUGGGCUGCCCCACAGGUGCUGGGGAGUGAUGCUUUACCCCUCACACCAAGGGUGGAGGGGUGGCAGCACUAGUGGGAGGAGGCUUAGAUGAGCCCUUCCAAAGGCCAAAGGCCAAAGGACUAUUCCCUGCUUCCGGCACCUUCAAGGAAUUGGAAAGGAGUUCCUGGACUUCAUCCUGCUUGCAGAAUGCCCUGCAAGAUCUUUGUCUGCUUCCUCACCCCUCUUU